AUGGGUCGCCAGGCGGUAGCUGCGUGGUGCUACGUCUGCCUGCCAGUCGAGAGUAUUCCAGCCGCCGGGAUGGCAGGUGCCAUCCGCGCCUCCGCCAAACCAGCCAGCCGGCCUGAAGAUGCCCCUACAACGGUCACCGCCGCGGCAACUGUUCUCGGCAUGACGAUGUUUCUCGGCACGGUGGGGAACAUGAUGGUCCUGUACUCAUUCUUACAGAACAAGGCCCUGAGAACGGCCGCUAACGGGUUGAUAGCGAACCUGAGCGCGGCGGACCUGGUGGCUUGCACGGUGGCAUCGCCGAUUGCUCUGGUAGUUGUACUGAGUCAGGACCCGCUGCCUCCGCCUGUUUGUGAUCUACAGACCUUCUUCUCUACCCUGUGUAACCUGGUGACGCUGCUCAUGCUGGUGGGGAUCAGUGUGGACAGGUGGCUCAACAUCAACUACCCUUUCACCGGGUAA